AUAUGGAUAAAGCUGGAAUGACUGUGAAGAUCCUCCUCAUCUUCUCCCUCUUCCUGAUUUCAGUAGGUGGAGGAGAAUCAGAGAGAGUGACAGGAUAUUCAGGAGGAGGAGUCCUCAUCAAGUGUACAUACGACACAGAAUACACAUCAAACCGAAAAUAUCUCUGUAAGGAUGCAUUGCUCUGUCUGUCUUAUAAAAUUGGGACCGAUACUAAAAAUGAGUGGAUACAUAGUGGAAGAUUCUCACUGUUUGAUGACACCAGAGCUGCACAGUUCUGGGUGUUGAUCAGAGAGCUCACUGUAGAGGAUUCUGUAACGUACAAGUGUGGAGUUGAUAAAUCUGGCUUUGACAUCUACACACCAGUGAAACUGAAGGUAGAGGAAGAUCAAGAAGAGAAGAGCAUCAGCGUGGUUGGUCAUGUCGGAGGAAGUGUGAACAUCAGCUGCAAAUACCCAAAAUCCCACAGCAAUGACCCCAAGUUUCUCUGUAGGAGAGUGGACACUGCUGACUGUGGUUAUGAAACAUCUGUUAAAGAGAGCAGAAGAUGGAUAAAUGAGGGAAAACUGUAUCUAUAUGAUGAUGGAAAGCAGAUCUUCACUGUGAUCAUCAACAGUCUGACUGAGGGAGACUCUGGUGAAUACUGGUGUGGAGCUGAAUCAAACUGGACAUCUGAUCAUGGAUACAAGGUUUAUAUUACACAGAUCAACCUCAGAGUUCCUGUUUCCUCUGUGGUCACUGGUGUGUCUGCGAUUGUGUUGCUGCUCCUGAUUGGACUCUUAUUCUUCAUAGUCACUCUUAGAAAGAGAGGCAAGACUCAAGACCCAGGCACAACACAACACCAGUCCUUCAAAGGAUACUCAGCUGUCCACAGGUUACCAUCAAACUCUCCUGAACAGGUCACCUGCUCCACAGCUCAGUUACCCACAGUUCUCUCUGAUUUCUCAGCAAGUGGCACUCCGCAAACAGCUGGAACAUCUACAGAAGGCCCAACAUACACAACAGUGAAUUUCAGGAAGAAGGUAGGCAGAGCUAGUGAUGCUGUUACCAGAGUAGCCUUUAGUAACGAUGAGGACUCAUGUGAGUAUGCUACAGUCAAACGUUAG